AUGCCGGUCCUCGACGUGAGUGAGCUCAACAUCGUCAUAAGCGUCCUAGGCGCGUUCAUCAUUCUUGCUGGCGUCAUAUCCGUCAAGCUCAAGCAAGUAUGGUACCUGGGAGAAGCCCUACCUGCUUUGGUUCUGGGAAUCCUACUAGGACCAAUAGCCGCAAAGUUUCUCGACAGUGACCGAUGGGGCUCCUCAGAAAAGGGACAGACGUCCGAAAUCACGCUGGGUGUGACGCGCGUCAUGAUUGGCAUUCAGCUCGUCAUUGCCGGCUACCAGCUACCUGCCAAAUACAUAUUGACGCGGUGGAAAGAAAUGGCCCUCUGCCUGCUGCCCAUCAUGACCAUCAUGUGGCUCUGCACCAGCCUCUGCAUGCUGGCCACCGUGCCCAAGGUCACGCUGCUGUCCACGCUCGUCAUCGCCUCCUGCGUCACCACCACCGACCCGAUCCUGUCCCAGGCCGUCGCCAAGGGCCCCUUUGCCGACAAGUACGUGGCCCGACCGAUGCGCGAAAUCAUCUCCGCCGAGGCCGGCGCCAAUGACGGCUUCGGCUUUCUCUUCCUCAUGCUGGCCGUCUACCUCAUUCGCCACGCCGAUCUUCCCAGCGCCGGAAACUCCGACGUCGCAUCUGGCGCCGCCGCCGCCGCCGCGGAAACAGCCGGCACGGCGGCCAAGAUGCUGGUCGCGCGCGCCGGGGACGAGGUUGGCCGGCUGGGCGGCGGUGUCAGCGUCGCCCUGACGAACUGGUUCGUCGAGACUUGGUUGUACAUUGUUCUUCUAUCCAUCGCAUACGGCGCUGUCAUUGGCUUCGGCUCGUGCUGGAUUGUUAAGUACACGCUCAAGCGAAAAUGGAUCGACACUGAGUCCUAUCUCCUCUUCCCCGCCGCCCUCGGACUGUUUCUCAUUGGAACAUGCGGUGCAAUCGGAACUGACGACCUGCUUGCCUGUUUCAUCGCCGGCUGUGCCUUGAACUGGGACGGCGAGUAUCUUGAGGAGACGCAUAGGCGUCACGACGAAGUCAACAGUUGCAUCGAUGUCUUGCUCAACUUUGGCGGCUUCAUGUACAUUGGCACAAUCAUUCCAUGGUCCGAGUUCAACGACCCCGAUGGCACCGGUUUGACUUAUGGCCGUCUCGUUCUUCUCGGCUUCCUUGUCCUGCUGUUCCGGCGAAUUCCCGCCAUCCUCAUCACCUACAAGCUGAUGCCAGCAACCUGCACAAGCUGGAAAGAGGCCCUGUUCAUGGGCUAUUUUGGCCCUAUUGGUGUUGGUGCCGUUUUCUACCUCGAGCACAGCAGACAUCUCUUUCCCAAACUCGGCCAAGGCGAUGUCGAAGAGACCAACCUCGCCAGGGCCAUGGGACCCGUUGUGUACUGGUUGGUCCUCUUUUCCAUUGUCAUACACGGCUUGUCCAUUCCCGCGCUCAACCUCAUCUACACAUAUAUGGGCAUCAAGCCCAUCAAAGAGGACUCAGUUGAGAUUCGCCGCAUAUCGAUGAACGUCGCAACGCCUGUCAACGCCGUCGCCGGCAACCGCGACACGUUCAUUGCAUACAACCGGUUCAGUCGCCCUGUUUUUGAUGCCUCAAUGCUGCCCGUGGUACGCGAUCCGCCCGCAAGGAAAAUGUAUGACAUGAAUGGUUAUGACGAAAAAGACAGCGAGCGUGUUCGGACAGUUCGUUACGCUGAGGAUGACAGAGUCUGA